AUGAAUAGCCAGUACAUACGCCAUGAAGUGAGAGGAUGCGAAACUAGUGACCUGAGGAACUUCUGGGAAAAGACUAUUGAACAACAAACUCGGUAUCUGCAAAUUGAAAAAGAACGUCAGCGAAGAAGUGCUCUGACAAAGCUCAGAAAUGAAUGGAUGGAAAGGCUGGAAAAACGGAUAAAGAUGUUGAGAACCCAACCUGAAGACCCAUCUAGCUGA